AUGAAGGGGAUUAUAGGAACCCAUGCAAGUAAUUUUCAUUGUGACGAUGUAACAGGAUGUGUAUUUUUAAAGUUUACCGAUAACUAUAAACAACAUAGAGUUAUUCGAACAUUAAACCAAGAAGAAUUAAAUAAAUGUGAUUUAGUUUUUGAUGUAGGAGGAGUGUAUGACCCUUCAAUUAAUAGAUUUGAUCAUCACCAAAGAGGGUUUAGUGAAACGUAUUCAUCACAACAUACAAUCACAUUGAGUGCAUGUGGGUUAUUGUUUAAACAUUUUGGAGAAGAAAUUGUUAAAAAUGUUAUUGCUCUCAUCGAUCCAUUUGGAAGUAUUACAGAAGAACAAAUUUGUUGGUUAAAAUUAAAAAUAUAUAACACCUUUGUAUUACCUAUAGAUGCAGGAGAUAAUGGAAUUGAUCCAUCUCCAACAGAAUUGUUAUUUAGAGAUAGUACUAAUUUAUCUUCAAGAGUGGCAAAGUUAAAUGCAAAAGGUUAUGGUAUGAUGAGAUUAGAACAGUUUUUAAAAGCUCAAGAAUUAGUUAAGAAAGAGUUUAUUGAAUGUGUUUCAAGUAUUUAUUUCCGUAUUCUUCCAUCAUUUGAACCAACCCGUGUUGCUUUUAGUAAACGAUUUGAAUAUGAUUCAGAAGGAAGAAUUAUGGUAUUAAAUGAAAAGUGUAGUUGGAGAGAUUGUUUAACAGAAUUAGAAGAUGAAGAAGCAUCAAAGAAUGGAAUAAAGAAAGAGGUUUUAUAUGUUAUUUCUCAUGAUGAUACAAGAGACCAAUGGGGAUGCAUUGCUACUUCUCUUUCACCAGGUAGUUUCAAAAUGAGAAAACCAUUUCCUCAACCAUGGAGGGGUUUAAGAGAUAACGCAUUAGAAGAUGUUUGCAAAAUAAAAGGUGCUAUUUUUACUCAUAAUUCAGGAUUUUUAGCAUGUAAUGCAACUCAAGAAGGAAUGAUCAAAAUGGCACAGCUUGCAGCAGUUUUUGAUGACCAAAAAAUAAUAACAAAAUAA